UUGGGGCUAAAGUUCCCGCGUAUUGGUUGAAGUCAUUUCACACACGGUUUAAGACCCAUUGGAUUUUGGAGGUGGCAGUUACGGAGAGCCCAAGAACGGAGCCUCGGUGAGCAGGGAGGGAAUUGGUGCAACCUCACCCUCCGCAGACCAGUUUGGAAAUGGAGCGGCGAGCAGCUCUUCUCGAGGGCAGGAAACGGCUCCACUCCUGGGACACGGAGCUAAGGGGUUAAAGGGAGUCCCAAAUUUGUCGGCUCCACUCCUGGGCCACGGAACCAAAAGGGUUAAAGAGAGCCCCAACUUUGGUAAACUCCUUCGAUCCAUCCCCUCGCCGGACUUUGAACGCUUUGCAGAGGACUGAGAAAUUUUGUAUGAUCUCGUAAGAGACUCCGGCGCAAAGGGGAAAGAACAGCGGCGUCCGCAGUCCACAGUCCCCAUUCUGAGCUCCGAGCGGUCCUGUCUAAUUCAGUCUGAUUGCCAGAAUCCCCCGAGAGAGAGAGAGAUGUGCGGAAUGGUCGGCACCUUUACAAUCGUCGUGCUUGGUUCGCCUGGAGUGGGUAAAACGGCCAUAAUCCGGCAAUUUCUUUACAACGAUUUCAGUCAAGUGUACACCCCCACAACUCGCAAGUACGUUCACAGACCCUCGGUGAUCCUGGAUGAUACCAUGUACGACUUGAAGAUCGUGGAUAUGCCGCACAUCCCAGCUUUUCCAACGACCGGCGCUCAGGAGUGGUCCGACUCGAGGUGCAGAGGGAUUCGAAGCGCGAACGCGUACGUCCUCGUCUACGACAUCUGCUGUUUCGAUAGUUUCGAGUAUGUCAAAAUGAUUCGGCAGCAGAUCGCAGAAGUUCGGGUGCCGAACACAAAGCAUGUACCAAUUAUCGUUGUUGGAAAUAAGAGGGACCUACAAAAGCAGCGUUUCACUCCACGGAGGAGUACAAGUGUCUUGGUGAAGAAGAUGUGGAAAUGUGGCUACAUCGAGUGUUCGGCUAGAUACAACUGGCAUAUCUUACUUCUCUUUAAAGAGCUUCUGAGCAGCAGUGUGGGCCAAAGCUGUAAACACAUCCACCCAUCUAUCUGCAUCCAAGGGGCACUACAAAGGAACAGAUGCACUGUCAUGUAACUCUGUGGUUGUACGUAUUUCCCGUUUCUUAUACUGAAUCAGCAUAAUCGUUCUGUAGUUUUCAUGAACUUAUUUAAGGACAAAAAAGAAAAUUGUAGAAUAAAGGAAAUAUUUUUCUUAUGGUUUUGAAUUCAGCUUUCUUCUCUGUCGUAUCAGUUGAGUUCACACUGAAUUGGACCCUAGCAAAUACAGAUAAAAGGAAAUUUAAGCCAGUUAAGAGUGAGACUUUUUUUAAAAACUCAGGGGGGUUCCUGAUAUAGUAUCAGUAAUUUGAAGAACAGUAAAUCUACCUCAAAUGAUUUAAAUCUGCUCCUAUUUCCUUGUGUGUUUUUCUGAACAGUAUUAUCCCAUCAGAAAAAGCAGUGGGUCAUGCAGCUCCCUUCUCAAUCUCUCCUGACACUCUGCAAGGUUGCAGUCGAUCUACCUCAUCCCCACUUUCCUCAAAGUAUUCCAUACUCCUCAAUACCUGUAGUUAUUCCGAUGCCACUCAGUAGCCACUCCCUCAUGGGAGGAGUU